ACACACUCCUGUGCUCGCUCCUUGCUUGUUCACACACGCUCUGGGCUUCAUGGUGCACACACACCCACUGUCCGGCGGCGCUGACUUGACUGCCUGUGUUGAUCGUGCACAUCAAAGAAGAAGAACUUGAGUUCGGGAGGGACUGUAAAAUUUUUGGACUGGGUUUCGUGGUGCGUUUCUGUUCACACGCGUGUGGGGAAAGAAAUCACAACAGCAGCAGCAGCACUGGUCCAUGAAGCUGGGAUAAAGAAAAAGAAGUGAUUGUAGUUUGUUUUUGUUCGGGGUUUUUUUUUUUUUUUUUUUGUCUUUUUCUGAUUUGGCUUGUCACUGAAGACCGAGAUCAACUUUUUCCCUCUUGAGGACCUGCUGCUGGUGCUGCUUCUUCCACCAGUGACAACUUACUCGACAGGAUGACAUGGCGUCCUCAGUACCGCAGCUCCAAGUUCCGCCACGUGUUUGGUAAGGCCGCCACCAAGGAGAACUGCUAUGAUGGCGUGCCAAUCACACGCAGUGUGCAGGACAACAGCUUCUGUGCGAUCAACCCACGUUUCCUGGCUGUCAUCACUGAGUGUGCCGGAGGAGGGGCCUUCCUGGUCCUGUCUGUCCAUCAUACGGGUAAAGUGGACCCUCAGCAACCUCGAGUGUCGGGCCACAAGGGCAACGUGUUAGACAUCAAAUGGAAUCCCUUCAACGACUGCUGCAUCGCCUCCUGCUCCGAGGACGCCACGGUUAAAGUGUGGGAAAUCCCUCCUCACGGUGUGUAUAAAAACAUUACAAUACCGUGGAAGGAGCUCCAGGGUCACAGUCGCAGAGUGGGCCUCAUCGAGUGGCACCCAACUGCUAACAACAUCCUCUUCAGUACUGCCUAUGACUACCAGAUAAUGAUCUGGAACCUGGACUGUCCGGAGCCGGUGAUAAAGAACCCCGUGCGGACCAUCAGUCACCACCCAGAUGUGGUCUUGUCCCUGUCUUUCAAUACAGAUGGAAGUCUUCUCGCUACCACCUGCAAGGACAGGAAAGUCCGCCUGAUGGAGUCGCGCUCUGGAACGCUGCUGCGGGAAAGCAACUUUAAGACGCACAGAGCCAGUAAGGUGCUGAUCCUGGGAAACACCAAGAUGCUUCUCACAUCGGGAACGUCGCGCUACAAUGAUCGGCAGAUAGCACUGUGGGAUCAGGAUGAUCUGUCCGCGCCUUUGUUGGAAGACAACCUGGACGGUUCAUCGGGGGUCAUUUUUCCUUUCUACGACCCCGACACACACAUGCUCUAUCUUGCUGGGAAGGGUGAUGGAAAUAUCAGGUACUAUGAGAUCAGCACAGAAAAACCAUACAUUCACUUCUUAACAGAGUACCGCUCACAACUACCUCAGAAAGGGCUGGGUGUGAUGCCGAAGCGAGGCCUCGAUGUGAGCUCCUGUGAAGUCUUCAGGUUCUACAAACUGGUGACAAUAAAGAGUCUCAUCGAGCCUCUUUCUAUGAUUGUACCCCGCAGGUCGGAGUCGUACCAAGAGGACCUCUAUCCAAUGACGGCUGGAAACAGGCCUGCUCUGACUGCAGAGGAGUGGCUCAGUGGCAUGGACAAAGGUCCAGUGCUAAUGUCUUUGAAGCCAGGAAGCCAAAUAGCAGAGUCCUUCUCAGACAUGAAGGCAGUGGGCAACUCACUGGAAAACUCGCUGGACACUCGCAGGUCUCAGGGCAGACCGGGCAUGCUACAGCUCGCUUACAUUCAGGACCAACUGGAAGCCAAAGAAAGCAAAGAGGACAGCAGCUGCAAAGAGGACAGCAGCCACACAAUGGAUGACAGGAUUCAGACACACGUCACCAACGGAGAAGAUCUCACACUUUGCUCUCCUCCCAGAACAGAGAAUGAGCUGCGGUUGAAGUUCCACAAGCAGCAGGAGGAAAUCAGGCGGCUGAGGGAGCUCCUCAACCACAGGGACGUACGCAUCAAACAGCUGGAGCUGGAGAUUAAGAACAUCAAGAACUCCCAGAGUCAGAGCUCACUUUAAAACUUUCUCCAAUGGCUGAGUCACCCUCACCUCCUCACGAGGGUAGACGCGCACAGGUGUACCAACCUACUUAACCCCAUUUUUAAAACUGCCACAGUCUUCAUAAGGCCCCGGCUCACCGGUUUUCCUCUAACGAGCCCCACGCGCUCACUGCACAGGGGCCAUUCAAGCCUCGAUUUUAUGGUUUUUUUUCUUUCUUUUUUUUGUUUAUCUUCAUUUUGUCGUUUUGUCGACUCUACACAGGGUGCACAUGUUCUUUGCUCAUGUACAUACUUUUAAAACUCUCUGCACCUUUUGACCAUCCCUGCCCCCUUGCCUCAUUUCUUUUGUACGCUUCACUAUGCAAGCUCAUUGUAUAUUUUAGGUUUUUUUUUAGCUGACUGAUAAAAGGAUGUUUGUGCCGCGUCGACCGAAUGAUGUGGCUGUGCGUGCGUUGCUUGAAAGUUGUCGCGGGGAGCAGACAUCCUGUGUGAUUGUGAGAUAACGCUGCAUUUAUUUUCUAUGCUUGUUGAUUGUUUUGUUUUUGUUUUCUUUUUCAUCCAACAUUCAAACUACUGUAAGUGAAACGACUGUGUUUAAGUUCAACAGACAGAUGUGGUAUGUUUGCUUGAAUGAGAGCGAAAUGAAUGAAUGACUGUUUCGUGAUCCCAGCUGUGUUCUGCCAUCUCAUUAAGCUGCAUUUGUGUUUAAUUCUUCUAUCAUUUUUUUUAAUGACUGGAAAGUUGGUGGAAAUGAUCCGUUUUGCUGUGGUUAACGUGUAAGCCAAUUCAGUAACUGAUGCCAUGUAGCAGUUUGGAUCUUGACUUUUAUAUUUAUUUUAAAAUACGGACAGAGAAAAUGCCAUUUAAUCAAAUACUUGAACUUGCUGUUGUAAUUUUGGCAAAUACAGCAUGCAAAAUGUUUAAAAAAAAGGACAAACCCCUGUUUGCUUUUUCCUACUGGUUUCUGAUCAUACUUCAUUUACCUGAUCAGUUUUAGGGCAAAAUGGUAUCUACUGUUGUAAAGGACACACAAAUUUACCUCACAGCUCUGAUAAAGCUGUAAUAACAUUAAUAUGACAACAGUCAGAUAUUUUAACCAGAUCAUUUAUCCUCUUGUUUUCUCUGGGUCUAUUAAAUCAACAAGCAGGACUCUUUUAUUGCAAAAUUCAAUUCUGACUCAAUUGAAUUUUUAAAGAUAAUUCGCAACAGCAUUCAUUUCAAGACUUUUUCUAUAUAUUCUAGUGUAAAGACUCUACAGAGUUAUAAGGAAAACCCAGGCAUGUUUGAGUUGUAUGAAGUGUCUUGAUUGUAGUUUAGAAACCUUACCUGCUUGAAAUGUGGAGAACCCAUAUACACUGAAAAAACUGAGAAGCUGCAAAUGUCUGUAUGUGUAUGUUUGUAAUCAUUGAUUUAAAUAUGAGCAAACAAGAUUCCAUCCAUGGAUGGAUGGAUGGAUGGAUGGAUGGAUGGAACCCAAUUCCAGAAAAGCAGUGAUGCUGUGCAAAAUGUAAAUAAGAACAGAAAGUGGUGAUUUGCAGAUCUCAGACUUUGAGAAAAUCAAAACGGUCAUUUUGAAUUUGAUGGCAGCAGCAUGAAUCAUAAAGUUGGGAAAUGGUCCUGUUUACUACUGUGUAGCAUCCCUGAUUCUUUUAACAGCAGCCUGUAAACAUCUGGGAACUGACGAGACCAGCUGCUGGAGUUUUGUGUGAAAGGUCCGAUCGAGGAGUCCAGCUGCUCAACACUCCUGGAUCUGCUGUGUUUUGUUUCAUGAUGAGGCACAUACUGGUCAAAGGUCUGGACUGCAGUUCAGCCAUUCCCACACUCUUCUGUUAUGAAGCCAUACUUUUGUUAUAAAUGGAAUGUGCAAUUUUGCAUUUUCGUGUUGAAGUGUACAAGGGGUUAGCUGAAAAAAAGCCUCAUCUUGAGGAGAGCACAUGUUAAUCUAGAACCUGAAUAUACCUUUCAACAUUGAUGUUCACAUUUAAAUACAUAUAGCUUCUUUUCUGCAUGGUAGAGCUUUAACCUGCAUUUAUGGAUGGAAGUCACUGUGAAGUGUUCCUGAGCCCAUCUGUUUUUAAUGCGGUGCUGUCUGAAUAUUGAUUUUUGGCCUUGCACACAGAGAUUUCUCCAGAUUCGUGCAAUCGCUGUAGAUGAUGAGAGCUUCAAAGUCUUCCUCUUUUUGCACCCAGUCAUGUCACUCACCUGUUGCCAAUUAACCUGAUUAGCUGCAGUCUUCCUCCAGCUGGUGCUUUUUAGUGCAGUUUUCAUUCUUCCUUUUGUUGCUCUUCUUUUGAGACACGUUGCUGCCAUCAAAUGCAAAAUGACCCUAAUUUUUUUCCUUAAAAUGGUUAUUAGAUUUAUAAAUCAUUACAUUCUGUCUUUACUUUACACAGCAUCCCAACUUUUUGUGUUGUUAAGCCCCACUAUAUUAUGAACAUACACAUACAAAAAAGACGCCUGCAGAUUCUUCAGUAAAUGCAUAUUAAUAUGUCAGUAUCACAGAGUUAAGUUAUAUGAUAUAAGAGGUCUGCACAUUUCCAGCAGGUGAGGUUUGUAACUAAGCUGUCUAGACUGCAGCGGGCCUAAAGACAAAUAGGAUGACAUUUACCAGUGUUGUGUCACAUUUAUUUUGUGCUGGGCGAAUGUUCAGAGAGCGUUCACUCAGCACAAGAUUUCUCUGCUAUAAUGCCUCAAAAGCUGGUAUAAAUAAAAUCGGAACAAAAAAGCAAACAAACAAACAAAGAACCCAGUCAUCAGCCAAAUUAUUGUUCUGAGCAUUGGUAUCCGCCAACAAUUUCACAAUCUGUGCGUCCCUAAAGUGGACCUUGAGUGGGGAUUGAUUUGUGUGCGGUUGUUUACAAGCGUGAAUUGUUGAGCUCACUUUGAAUAUCUACGGAGCUGUGAUGACUAAGCAGCCUGCAUCUGCGGCUCACGGAGGUUUUUGUUAUGGUUUAAAGUCCACAGCAGUCAGAGAAUGUUUAUCAAAACUAACAAUUUUUUAAUGUUUAAAAAAGUAAACUGCCUUAUCAUUUUAGAAUAGGUAUAAAAUACCAGUACACUGUUUCAGCUAAAAAAAAAAAACACUUCUGAAACCACAAUGAGGGAAAAAGGGAAAAUAGACAACCUGGCCCACAUCUGAUUUACACACUCUGUAAUUUAUUCUUUAUCUAUUUUUAAAAGCUUAACCUUAAAACAGCAGGCUUGUGACUGCACAGUGUGCAUAUACUGUUUUAGCUGAACAGCUGAUAAAAAUCUAUCCCGAUAAACUGUAGAAGUGUUUUUUUAUUUGGGUUUUUUUUCCCAUCAGUGAAUUUCUGAGUGGUUCUCAUGGCUUCUGCCACCACCAUGGUACAGUCAGACCAGAACAUUUGUUGUUUUCAGAUUUCAGGCAGCUGGUUUUAACUCCUUUUUCCCAGCCAAAUUAAAAGAUACAUUCCCAAAUAAUAAAUAAUAAUAAUAAUAAAAAAACCCUGAUGUACGCAUAGAUGUAGAUGCCACUUGCAGAUAUUAGACAGCACAGCAGCAAAGCGUGUUAGUUUGCUUUGAGUGGUUUGUGGGAUUAGAAAAACACUAUAAAUGCCAGUCUAAAGGUAAAUACUAAGAUAAAUAGUCAGAUGUAGCACCAGUAAUCACACAUGCCUGUACUGACGCACUUAGAGGCACAAGCACAACAGUGAUUUUCUAGAUUUGGCACGUUUCAGGUGCAGCAUAGAAACCACACACAUACAGAUCAAUGCAAUUGUAAUGCGUGCGCGACCCCUUUGACCUUUGGCCGGACAGUUCUAGCAAAGCUGCAUCUCAUGCUGACUUUUGUCCAGUAGCAGCAAUGCCUGACCAAUGUUUAACUUCCACCAGAGCACCAGUCUCAACACAUUCCCAUCGUUCAGGGGCUGACUUGCGAUGUCGCCUGAAUAAAUUCUCAGCCUGAAAUGCUGAAUAUCACCAGUUAAAUAGCAACAGCAGCUGGCAUUUUGAGUCAGCCUGUUUCUUUAGCAGUCCUUUUAUAGCUGCUGAACCUUCAACAGCAAACUGCCUGCCUACUGCUGAAUCUGGUGGACCUUUUCAUUAACACAACAGGCUCUUCCAGUACUUGGAUACAAAUAUAUUGCAAAUGUAUUCUUUUUAGGUUAACGUAAUUGCAGUUGAAAAUGUUUUUUCUUCCCUGAUAAAAUACCUUUAAAGUUG